UUGUUUUAUUAUUAUUAUUAUUAUUAUGCCACCCAUAAGACAGUUAGAUGAAGCCUUUCUUGCUCAUUUACUUGAGGAAAAUACAGACGUAGCAGAUGUCGUCCUUCAAUCCAACAUUAGCUCAGAAUCACUUCGAACAGUCUUGAAAAAACUGACUUGUACUUCCAACGCGCUUCAACAUCAACUGUUUGAAAAAGUGCAUGCCAACUUUGACCAAUUUGUAUCUGCCUACAACACAAGCCAAGAACUCCAUGAAAAUGUGUUUAGUCUUCUUGGCCGUUAUGCAGAUGUAGAGACGCAAGUCUCUAGUGCACAACAAGAAACAUAUACCGCUAUCGAUCGAUACCAACACACAUUACUCUUGACACAAAAGAAUCAAGCGAAAAUAGAUACUCUGGAGAGAGUACAGGAGAUUGUGGAGAUUGUGGAUGCUAUUGAUCAUGAACUUCAACAAUAUUUGUAUGUAGAAGCAGUGCAGCAUAUCAACAAACUCAACACCAUACUGAAUACAUGGAAAGAGGCUGAUACGCGAAUGAUCGGAUUAGUUCAUGAUCGUCUUUCCAGACAAAAGGAAUCGAUUGUCUUUAGCCUUCAAGAUAGUCUUCGCACAGCUCUUCAUAUCGAAUCAGGGUCUAUGCGUAUGCUCACCACGUUUUGUCCCUCGUCAAAUCAUGUAGUGCAGAUCUGUCAUGUGUUUGAAAGCUUAGAUCAACUUGGCAUGCUGGCUGAGCAAUUCAUGGGAAUCCAACGCUCCUUAUUUAAGCAUAUCAUUCUGCCUUAUUUUGAACACACAAGCAAGAUCAAGAUAAACAAAGUGGACGAGACACUCGGCAAAGGUGGUGUCUUACAAGUGAUUCAGUCUUCCGAGGAGCAAACCAUGGUGGAUCCAAUUCGCAUGUUACAGCAAAUAGACUCAAUCCUUGCAUUUCUCUACGAACACAUGUUUAAAGGGAACAAGCCAGAAUUCCAGCAGCUAUUUAGCCAUCUAUUCAUGCCAGACUUGGCUCGGGUCAUGAUAGACAAAAGCAUUUCACCUGCUAUUCCUUCUUCCAAAGAAACCCUAUCUGAUUUCAGCAAGGUAGCACAAGCAGUAACCCAGUUUGAGAAACAGUCUCGCGACACGUAUGGAUUUGAGGCAGAAGCGACAUUGGGGACCUAUGUAGACAACAUGGAUGCACACUAUGCUAAAAAGCGCCGAGAAAAGAUACUACAGGAAGGCAGAAAAGUCAUGGUGCGUCGACUAUAUGAGACAGAUACAACGCAUGGCUACCAAAUCACUCAGACGCCUCAAAUAUUAGUUGUGCUUGUCUCAGACACAAUAGAAGAAGCAGCUGAUCUUUUGAGGUCGCACCCUAUCUCCGCAACUUCAUUAAUUGAAGGAAUACGAGACCUUCUGGACAUGUAUCGCGCUAUUAUGCCUAAUUAUCAUCGAACUCAAUAUGCUUCUUCUCCUGCUCAUUCCCUUGUGUUUCGAAAUGACUGUGUCUGGCUAGCUCAACAGCUGACUACCAUGAAAACAUUCGGGUUAGAUAAACUCCCUGACUACCUCAAGACUGCUUCAGAGCGCUUAAAAGAACUCGGGAAUGCAUGGCAUGAACUAGCCAUGAUGCAACGUGUCCAGUUGAUUCAAACAGUCUUGGACCAUUUGGACGGCUUUUCGGGUUUGGCCGAUCAAAAAUUCCAACAAGACUGUGACCGAGCUGUGACACAAGUGACUGAAUUAGUCAAUGCAUAUGCUGCCGAAACUCGCCACGUUGUUGACCAAACCUUGUUUUUGGACAUGUUGGCACGUAUUGUCGAAAGUGUCUUGACUCGGUUGAUUCAGGACAUUGAACACUUGAUUGAUAUUGGUGCUGAAGAGUCACAUGUGUUGGCACGUAUAUUGAACAGCAUGGCACAAUUACUGAAUGCAUUUGACUUGCCUGGCAAAGAUGCCACGGAGACCUUUGUGGCCGAAUUGGUGCCUAGCUGGCAAAAGUUUUGGUUGGUAAAAGAUAUAUUGGAAAUGAACAUGCGAGAAAUCAUGGAACGAUAUCGUCGUGGUAACUUGCACAUGUUCUCAAAACCAGAAUUAGUGGGGUUAUUAUGCGCAUUGUUUGCAGACACUGAAUUAAGAGAGUCUAACAUUCAAGAAAUUAACGCGGGUGUGUUUGUGGAAACAAGCUCUUCUGGACUAGACUACACACCUGAAGAGACAGAAGAUAAUGGUUGGGAAGAUGAUAAAGAAGAUUUGUUUAAAGAUCAUAUAUUGCCUGAUCGAGCUCAACCUAGUACAGACAAUAACCUCUUGGAGCCUAAUUUGGAAAUGGAACUGGAUGAUACCAGUGGUGGAUGGGGAGAUGCGGACGAAGACCUUUUUGAGCAACAUGAUCACACCUUAGACCCUUCUUCCCCUUCACAAACAGUCACUCAACCCUUAAAUUCAGGGACACAUGUCAAGUCUGUCUCUUUGGCAAUGCAACCCACUGAAGAAGAAGAAGGAGAAGGUUGGGGCUGGGAUGAUGAUAAUGAUGAUGAUCUUUUCAAGACAGACGAUAUCAAAUAAACAAUCUUUUGUUACAC